CCCAUUCCGGCCCAUUUCCACCCCCGGAGGUAGGUGCUGCUCCUUGACUGGGCUCGGGCCCCGCACUCCGGUCCCGCUGCCCUGCACCGGGGCCGCCUUGUCCGGGCUCCGCCGCAGCCUGCUCCUGGGGCGCUCGGCCACUCCCCUUCACCCCACCCUCAAGGCACCGAGACCUUCCACCCCCUUGGCCCCGGGCCGGGCUGAGCUGCCGGACCCGCCCCCUCGCCGGGCCCCUCCCUCAGGACCCCGGGAUGGGCCGCCCCCUCCCCCACCGCAGCUGGGACACACCCAGAUACACACACCCACCUCUGGGCAGCUCCCCGCCCGCCUACGCUUACCGCCUGGACUGGGUCCCGGGGCGCCGCCCCCUUCCCGGUGCUCUGCCCUCACCUGAUUGCUUGCUCCCCAGCCUCGCGCCUUGCACCCGUCUGCUCCCCCGCCUCUCGGUGACAUUUCGCCCUUCUGCUAGUUCUCGCUACCCACGCUUCCUAACGCAGGCUGAAGCCCCUCAGAUACCGGAGUGGUCAGCCCCAUGGCGUUCCCGAUUCUCCCUCUUACAGCUCUCACCCUUCCAGUGCCGACGGUAAAGACCUUACUCCAGGGGCUUCCUUCUCACUGGGGAAUUGCUGGAAAGAGCAAACAAAAAAGGCGCUGGUGUGGGCUCCAAAAUAAACACAUCUGAGUUCAUGAUGGCAUCGACAGAGGCUCUUAUUGGAUUAAAAGUUUCAAAACAAACAAAAACGCUUUGGAAAAAGCAGGGUUGAAUGCCUGCCUACACCCUCAGGCACGACCAUGGAGAAAGGUGGGAACAUACAACUGGAGAUCCCUGACUUCAGCAACUCUGUCCUGAGCCAUCUAAACCAGCUGCGCAUGCAGGGACGCCUCUGUGAUAUUGUGGUCAACGUGCAAGGACAAGCUUUUCGGGCUCACAAAGUGGUCCUGGCUGCCAGCUCACCCUAUUUCCGGGAUCACAUGUCCUUGAAUGAGAUGAGUACUGUCUCCAUUUCAGUCAUCAAAAACCCCACUGUUUUUGAACAGCUCCUCUCCUUCUGUUACACGGGGCGGAUAUGCCUGCAACUGGCAGAUAUCAUCAGCUACCUGACGGCUGCCAGUUUUCUGCAGAUGCAGCAUAUUAUCGACAAAUGUACACAGAUCCUGGAGGGUAUUCAUUUCAAAAUUAACGUGGCGGAAGUUGAAGCCGAGUUAAGUCAAACGAGGACAAAGCAUCCAGAAAGACCUCCAGAAUCGCACAGGGUCACACCAAAUCUAAACCGUUCCCUUAGCCCUCGGCAUAACACCGCAAAGGGAAACCGGCGAGGUCAGGUGAGCGCUGUGUUGGAUAUCAGGGAGCUCAGUCCUCCGGAGGAGUCCACCAGCCCCCAGAUAAUUGAACAGAGCUCUGAUGUCGAGAGCCGGGAGCCCAUUCUUCGAAUCAACCGAGCAGGACAGUGGUACGUGGAGACAGGAGUAGCAGACCGAGGGGCCCGCAGUGAUGAUGAAGUCAGGGUCCUUGGAGCCGUACACAUCAAAACCGAGAAUCUGGAGGAGUGGCUCGGGCCUGAGAAUCAGCCUUCCGGAGAAGAUGGGAGUAGUGCAGAGGAAGUCACAGCCAUGGUGAUUGACACCACAGGCCACGGUUCUGUGGGACAGGAAAAUUACCCUUUAGGAUCUUCGGGAGCCAAGGUGGCUCGGCCAACAAGCAGUGAAAUUGACAGAUUUAGCCCCUCCGGCAGUGUUGUUCCCUUGACCGAGAGACACAGAGCCAGAAGUGAGUCUCCUGGGAGAACAGAUGAGCCUAAGCAGCCCAGCUCCCAGGUAGAGGAGUCCGCAAUGAUGGGAGUAAGUGGCUAUGUGGAGUAUCUCCGGGAGCAAGAAGUAUCUGAGCGGUGGUUCCGAUACAACCCCCGUCUCACCUGCAUCUACUGCGCCAAAUCUUUCAACCAGAAGGGGAGCCUGGACCGCCACAUGCGCCUGCACAUGGGUAUCACGCCAUUUGUCUGCCGCAUGUGUGGCAAGAAGUAUACCCGGAAAGAUCAGCUAGAGUAUCACAUCCGCAAGCACACAGGUAACAAACCCUUCCACUGUCAUGUUUGUGGCAAAAGCUUCCCCUUCCAGGCCAUCUUGAAUCAGCACUUUCGCAAAAACCACCCUGGCUGUAUACCCCUGGAGGGGCCUCAUAGCAUCUCCCCUGAAACAACUGUCACAUCUCGAGGACAAGCCGAGGAAGAGUCACCUUCUCAAGAAGAGACAGUUGCUCCUGGGGAAACUGCCCAGGGCUCUGUGUCCACCACUGGGCCAGAUUGAAACUUUGAGGGGGAGGGGGCAGACCCUCUUCCCCUUUGGGCCGUCAGCAGCCAGCAUCAGGGCCCUGGGCUGGUACUUAGAUUUACAAAAUGCCACAUCACUAGAUCGGAAGAUGCGCCCAAGAUGUUGCCAAACUAGAGGAUGAGCAACAUACACAGAAGCACUAGAGGCUCUUCCCCUCCUCCUUCCCACCUCAUCCUUUGGAAAAUAAUCAAGCAAAUCAACUUUCUAAUUCAGGGAUCAACAGCCUUGGUUUGUUAACUUUAUAAGAAAAAAAUUUUUUAACAAAACAAUGAUACAUGGUCAUUUAUCUACCAGUCAUGUUUGAACACUGUACUUUGGUCCAUAUCAUCCUGGUGGCUAUGAUUGCCCAGAUCUGAAAAAACAGCAGGAGCCUUGGUCAUCUGAACCAGCCAGCCACAGGAGAGAAGGAAGUAGUCGUGACGGCAAUAGGGAGGAGGCGUUUCUCCUCUUCCUUCCCUGCCAGAACAUGCAGUUUCACAUUUGAAGAAAAAAAAAAAAAGGUAUCCUGGUGGUUCUUAACUGUUUUGAAAGGUUAGACCUUACCUUCGCUCUGAUUAGGCAUCUGACACUUUGCCUGAUUGUUUCCUGUAAGCCGCCAUCUUGGAGCGGUGGUGUUGUCGUGUGGGCAGCAUCACCUGAAGCACUUUAGGCAACUGGAAGUGAAAUGAGCAGCAGAGUGUUCGCAGUAGGUUCUGCUACAUUUGGGGGCUUGAGUGUCCUAUUGAGAAAGAGGGGAGCAGGGAAGGAAGUGGGGUUUUUGUGCGAAUGUCAAAUGGCGCAGAGCACUGCCACUUCCUGGUCGGGAUUUGUACCCCGUAGUGCUUAAAUAUCUUUGGGUGUUAAGAAAUGGCUCUAGUCCAGAUGAAUUAAUGUGUUAGGCUGAGUACCAAAGUUUCAUCCAGUCUCUGUGGCUCCUCCUUUCACAUAACAGCAAUAUUAUACAUCAAAAAGUGUCACUUUCCAGUGAAAUGAGCCUGGACUGUAUUUUUAAAUCUACAGGUCUCCAUAUUUGAUAACUUUUAUAUGAAGUUUUAAACACAUUUUUUCUGCAAUAGUGUGGUUAAAGAAAUUCAACACUAUGGUUCUUACUGCAACCACAAUUCCAUUUCCUUCUACACAUGUAAAAGUUUAUAUUUUCAAGCCAAUAGAAGAACCUCACUAAAUCCAUGUCUUGCGUCUGCAAACCUAGUGAUUCAUAAACCCAUCAUCAGCAAAUUGCUGGUGACUCCAAGAGCUUUGCUUUUUAAUAAUACACUACAGGGCAUUCACCAGAAAACAUCAUGCACAAUCACGUUGCAAUAAAUUGAUCAAAGGAUCAGUUUUGAUCAGGUUUGGUUACUUAAUCAUUCCUAAGAUUUUUAAAACUUCAAGGGACCUUUUUGGUAAUUCUGGGGAUUUCUGAGAUUCCUAAUCCAGCACUGAGAGUCAGAAAAAAUUUACCAAACAUGUAGAGUUUUAGAUGCCCUGUCUCGCAUUCAGAGAAUGGAGGAGGAUUAGUAAGGGGUGCAGGCAAGGAGAUGCUUACAGUGCAAAUAGAAAAGAGAAAAACCCAUAGCGUAUCCUAAUGGAUCUUUAGUGUUUUAAGAGUAUUUAAAUAUGCAGUGGUUUGAGUUAUUUUGGUGCGGAGGCAUAGAUGAUUGUAAAAGAGAUCCGGGGCAGGGCUGGUCAUGCCUGCGCCGGUGAACCAUCUGUGAGAACGUUAUUAGCGUGCUCCCUUUCUGAGAAUGCUUUGUGGUAUGUGGAAAGGUGGGUGGAAAAGAAUGGCAUUUCUUUGAUGACAGGAAGUUAGAGUGCAAAGAGUAGCUCAUGAGCAAUCUGCGAAUUGUACGUACACACAGAGCUGCACCGUGUCCCUAGAGAGUGGUUAUUUUCCCUUCUGGAAGAACGUGGAAAUGCGUCUUGUAAUAGGAAUGUGAUGAUGCUACCAUGUGAUAAGAGCCUACCCUUACACAAUCUGGGGAAGCCGUCUUUUGUCUUUCGGAGACCUAGACUGGGGCAUUCUCCUCUUCAGCUGGGCAACAGCAUGAUAGGGCCAUCUUAGGGGCCAGCUAUGCUCUGUGGCAUAGAAGUGGAUUUGAAAUUAGCCUAAAAGCCAUAGGGAAACCUUUUAGCUGGUCAUCUAGGCUGUCCGUGGACAGAUUUUGCCAUUAACGAAUAGGCAGGCGUGUGAGAAGGACAGAAUAUGCUGCUGUCGAUGGAGCUUUCAAGCCUACCAAAAAAAUGUUAAGUCCAUCCUACUUGUGAGAAGUAGUAUGCUGGAAAGUUCUUUAUGCUUUGUUAGUUUCUUAGAUUUUUCUGUGAGGAAAUAGAGCUUUUUUAAACUGUUACCAAAUUGUAAAGGCGAAGUGCAGUCAGCUUUGUCAAGAGAGACUUUGCAGCAUUUGUCAGCCAGAGGAUUAGCAACUGACCUUUUAAAUGAAGUCGGGGCUGUUUAGUAGAUGUGGAAAUGCUGUGAGUGUUCGGUGGGUUCACGUCCCGUUUCAUUCAUUUGUCAUAGGUUUCUGCUGUAUUGAUACUGUGAAUAGAGUGCUACCAGGUCUUCCGGGACCACAGCAGCACAAUCAUGUUUGCUGGUUCUCACCUCUUAACUGGCUUAGCCCAGAGCCAUGAAAUUCGUGAACAUUCAAGCCAGGCUAGCUUUUAAACAAAUAAAAGUUUCUGAAAGCAAUUUCCAUGUUAGCCAGAAAAGAUAUUAUUAUUCUAAAUAACUAUCCAAGAUUCUUAUUCAGGUUCACUGUGACAUUGUCCUAGUCCUUAGCUAACAUCACUGUAGGGUCAUAGGGUUAGUAGUGUUCUAUCUACAUUAAGGAAUAGCUGUAUUGGUGUGUGCACAGAGGAUACCUCUCUUAGGGACGUACUAAAUGGACUAUAGCUAAUGCCGAAAAUUCAUUACCAAAUCUUAACUUGCACAUGUCACCUUGUGAAGGGAACUGCAUUAGCAGUCAGAGCUAAAUCAUCAUGAAGUACUUAAAUGCCAUGAAAUAGCAAACACUGGGACCAUUUUCAUUCAUUGAGUGGCACUUAAUAGCAAAGGAGCUACCCAAUAUUGCCAGCAAAAGAAGAGAGAUGGAAGUAUAUUAAUCUGUUUUCAUUCUAAAAGGUACCUUUUAUUCUCUCUGAAUUCUGAUACCAGUAUCUGAAUAUAGCAUUGGCAUGAACAGGAACACUGUUCUUAGGCAGAAAGGCUCUUUCUAAUGACUUGUUCUCUCUUUACUCAGAACCAUAUUUACCUCUGAAACGAGCUGAGUUUUAUUUUAUGUAAUUUGUCAACUACCCCCAAGCCAUCAUUGUACCAGUUAAAUCUAAUCUUGAAUAAGUGAAAAUAAAGGAUAAGGAUUGGAGAAGAAGGGAGAUAGCAGUUGAGGAAAGUUUUCUUGUUACUUUGUUUUUUGGUAUUUUUACAUGUUUCCAGUUUCCAAAGAUGUUAUGACAAUAGAAAUAAACCAAUUUCCUCCCACCUUCCAAGUAGAAAUCUGGCCUUGGAUGGAAGUUGGUCUGAUGGAAGAGUGAAAUCAUGAGCCCCAUCCUUAGCCAAGUAGUCUCUGGUCAAGAAAUACUUUUAAAAAUUUCUAGCUAUUACUUGACACUAAUUUCAUUUAACUAGUAAAAAUUAUAUUUUGUUUGACUAGAAGAUCUAAUUUAAAGAAAUAAAAACAACAGGUAAUGGAAAGAAAAUUAAAUUGAGCAAAGACAGCCAGUCUUCUUAAUUGUAGUGGAAGGCAUUUAAUCAGGAAAGGGUUGGAAUCCUGGAAGUUUUUCUCUCUUUAGAUCCAGCAGACAGGUGUGUUUUGUUUUGCUUUGUUUUGUUUUUCCUCUUCCUCAGAUGCUCUUCUCAUCUACUCACUGGUUUAAGGCAUAACAGAGAGGUCUUUAUUGAACUUGUCUUUGAAAACAGGGCUCUUUACCUUUGCCAUUUGGGAAGGGUGCACAACACAGAAGUACUUUAGUUGCUGAGAUUUAGAAAUGGGACACAAAGCUAUUAAGUCAGGUAAACUCCUGGGUUCGAGAGGAUGCCCCUUAGCAAAGUAUAUCCCUAGAAUUUAUGAAUCAGAUCAGGGUUCAGCAGACUGAGGCCCCCAGGGCCCAAUCCUGAGGCCAUCUGUUUAUCUAAAGAAAGCGAUGGUGGAAUGGGGACACACCUGUUCUUCAGGUAUUGGUUCUACUGUGAUGGCAAGGUCGAGUGCUUUGUGACUCAGACCACAUGAGCAGCAAAGCCUGAAGAUGUACUGUUUGUCACUUGACAGAAAAGUUUGCUAACUGCAGAAUUAGAUUUGAAACAGUGACCCCCAAAAUUGGCACUCCUGCCACUUUGUCUUUAUAAUAGUUUGGUUGAGCUUUUAAAUUCGUGUUGCCAUGUAUGCCUCAGUUUCUUGAAAGAGCUUGCCAUCUUUUUCCAGAUCUUUGUCUUGUAACCCUCUCUGUGUUCCUUCUUAAUGAUACCCAUUGCUUUAAAAGCAUUUAGAAUAGCCUUAUGAUCUGUCCUUGCCUUGAAGGUGCAGGUUGAUUAAAGUUUAGGAUGGUAGUUACAGAUGUAACAAAGUAAUUUAAAAAAUAAUUCCCGUGCAUAAUAAUGUAGGAUUAAAUGAGUACCAUGUUUACAUAAAAUACUGUAAAAAAAAAAAAAGUGAAUGUUUUUAUAAGUAAGUUUUGCCGUUCCUCUGAGAUCACUUGAACUGAUUUGCGUAAUAAUGGCAAGAAUGAAUUUUUUCCCAUUAGUAUUAAAAAUUAACUUCUGUUAUGAAUAACUGGUUUGAUUCUUAACCUAAAAUACUGUCUUUCUAGAUUAGAAACCUCUACCCUUUCUCUGUACUACAAACCUUCAUUUUCCUUUCCUCAAACUCACUCUGUUCAAUGUGGAGUAGUAAAAAGCCAAAUCUUCUUCCCUUCCUUUCUUUUUUUUUUCCAAUGAAUGUUUUAAAAUAUGAUGAAAUCGCUGAGGAUUUCAAAUUGCUCUUAGACCCAUCUUGCAAUUUCUGUUACUAUCAUUUUUCUAAAUAUGUACUGGGCCAUUAUUUAUUUGCUCUCUGAAUGUUCAUUCUUACUGUUCAAAUAGCUUAUUUAUGCCAGAUGUGCAAAACAUGGAAAAUGUUGGGAUGAUUAUAAACAGAAUUCUUAUAAGAGGAGAAUAUAAUCGUUCCCUGUAUGGAAACCAUGCAUAGACUUCUGAGUUAAAUUUGUCAAGACAAAAUGUUCUAGGCCAUGCUGACACAAUGUAGUGAAUUUGAUUCGUCCUUUGUUGUCAGCUCAACCAAUGCAUACCAAGUUCAGAUGAAUGACCUAACCUCCAGUAGGGCACCUCUCUACUAGGCAUUUUGUUCCUAAAGUUCCUUUUUUCUGAGUUGGACAUUAGUAAGUAUUAUGUGUAUGAUAUGCCCGAGGAGUAAUAGACAACCCUGAAACUGUAAAGUUCCAGAAUAUUUGCCUAGGUUAGAAUUCCCUUGUCUUAGAGCACUUAGAGUAAUACAGCAUUCUUGACAUUGUGGAGUGUUGCUUUUCUGAUUAAUCUGGGAUAUAGAACUUGGGAAAGCAAUUGAAUUUAGAGAGCCCAGUGAACCGUCUGCCUCCAGCUCCACACGAGUUCUAGGGAAUAGUUGUCAUUUCUGUGUGAAAGCAUUGAAAACAAUGUUGUGUGCCCAGCAUGUGGGCAUUAUGACUUCUUUGUUAAUUACCAGUCUUAUGUUUUGCCUUCUUUGUUUUCUAGAGUUUUCUCUGUUUUCAGUCUUCUCAUUUUUAGGUAGUGCUUUUCCCAGGACCAGUCUUUUUUACUUUGCAGUAAGUGGGUCUUCUUGCUCAGGACAAGCCAAAGUUGGAUAUUAUGAGUCCUUUAAAACACCUGACUUACUUACAUUCCAAAGGACGUAAUUACUGACAGCAGCAGUGGUCUCCAAAUCUGGACGAUAUCUGCAGACUCUCCAGUUUUCUUGUUAGGCAGACUUCCUUCUCCCUCAACUGGGAGGAACAGCAGUGACUUAAAAGGCAGUUAUUAAAUGAAAUGUGUAGUGUCUUCACAGAGUACAUACGUGAAUAAAUUUCUUCUCUCGUAUCUUCUCCAUUAUCUGUAUCACAAGUACUUCCCGUCUUCAUGCAGUUGAGAAGGGCCGGCUCACUCAAAGAGUGGAAGCUUUAAACAACAGAGCUGAGUUAUAAAGGCAGAGCAAUUCAUGAAAAAUAAAACUCUUCUAAUGCUUGCUUCUUCAUGUCUACUCAGUAUGUCCUGCUGAGGAGGCUAGAAUUCACCAUCCAGUGAAGGGAGCUAUAUGUGCAGCAUCUAUGUGGACAACAGCACAAUUUAAUAAACUGUGACUCUUCGAACCUGAAUUAAUCCCUAAUGCCAAAAGUCAGAGUUUCUCGUGGGAAAAUGUUUCCUAUUCUGUGAAAUCACUUGUGUGAUAAGUAGUAUGCAGGAGACUCUGUUCCAUAAAGUAAAUAGUAAGUACUUUUUGGUACCAGACCAUGUGCUUGGAAUUUAUAUAGCAAAAUGGAUUUUAGACAUAGUUUAGCUGUGGCUUCCUAUAUUGAGAGUCCUGAAUCCUCUUGGCUAGAGUCUGGAUAGAUAUCUUUUUUUCACCACAGAGAUCAAAGAGAAGGGGACAGAUU